AGUGAUCACUGUUACUGACUUUUUGUCAUUUUAGUGCCUUCAGAGAAUAGCGAAUGUGAACUGGUACUUUUAAAUUCCCGGUAGUUUAACAGACACGUUUUGUUCGUUAGGAAUGGCAACUAACCAACAGCAGGAGAGACCGAGGGAAAGUGAGUUCAGUGGACUAUCGAGGAAACAUCCCAAUACUGUUGAUAGUGUUUUACUGGAUGGACCCUUGACUGACCCUGAAGCAGGCGAACAAUUUGUACAAGAUGCAUUUCAGAUCAUUUUGGAGGAGGCCAUCAAGAAGGGGACAAAUGUCAAUGAGAAGGUAUGCGAAUGGAAGGGACCAGAUGAGCUACAGGAUCUUCUUGACCUUGACUUAGUUGAUGCUGGUGAACCCCCUGAGAAACUCCUGGAGCGGUGCCAAGACAUCAUCCGAUAUAGUGUCAAAACUGCUCAUCCUCGAUUUUACAACCAGCUGUUUGCAGGACUGGAUCAUCAUUCCUUGGUUGGUCGUUAUAUAACAGAAACCCUGAAUACAAGCCAAUACACCUAUGAGAUUGCACCAGUUUUUGUACUGAUGGAGGAAGUGGUGUUGAAGAAGCUUCGUGCAUUUGUUGGAUGGGAGUGUGGCGAUGGAAUCUUUUGCCCAGGAGGCUCCAUGUCCAAUAUGUACGCUAUGAAUUUGGCCAGGUACAAGCUCUUCCCUGAAAUUAAAAAAUGUGGCCUAUGGGAGAUGCCGAGAUUGGCCGUCUUCACCUCUGAAGAAUGCCAUUAUUCUGUGACUAAAGGAGCUGCAUUCCAGGGUCUGGGUACAGACAAUGUCUAUUUGGUAAAAGCUGAUCAACGGGGCAAGAUGAUUCCAGAAGAACUGGAAAAGCAGAUUUCUGCAGCCAAGUCCAAGGGAGCAGUUCCAUUCCUUGUGAGUGCUACAGCUGGAACAACUGUCUUUGGAGCAUUUGAUCCCCUGCCGGAAAUUGCUGAUGUCUGUGAAAAUUAUGGAAUCUGGCUUCAUGUUGAUGCAGCCUGGGGUGGAAGUGCCCUCGUCUCCAGGAAACAUCGGGAUUUGCUGACUGGAAUCGAGAGGGCUGAUUCUGUUGCCUGGAACCCCCACAAAAUGCUGUUGGCAGGGCUGCAGUGUUCUGCCUUUCUGCUCAAAGACAACACUGACCUCCUGAAAACUUGUCAUGCAGCCAAUGCCAGCUACCUUUUCCAGCAAGACAAGUUCUACGAUGUCUGUUAUGAUACAGGUGACAAGUCUCUGCAGUGUGGCCGGAAAGUGGAUUGCCUCAAGCUGUGGCUGAUGUGGAAAGCCAUUGGUACUCGAGGGCUGGAGGAAAGAGUUGACCGUGCCUUUGCCUGCACUAGAUAUUUUGUCAAUGAGAUGAAGAAAAGAGAAUGUUUUCGACUACUGAUGGAGCCUCAGUAUGUCAAUGUUUGCUUCUGGUAUAUCCCACCCAGCCUGCGAGGGAAAGAGCAGAGUUCUGACUUCUGGCAGAACCUUGGAAAGGUUGCCCCAUUUAUCAAGGAGCGAAUGAUGAAGCGAGGCAGCAUGAUGGUGGGUUACCAGCACCAUGGAACCAAAGUGAACUUCUUCCGACAGGUCCUGAUCAGUCCGCAGGUCAGCCGGGAGGACAUCAACUUUUUUCUGGAUGAAAUUGAACGGCUGGGAAGUGAUUUCCAGCCGGAGUAAUGUAUCAGUGCUCUUACUUUGCUGUAAUCUGUCCAUUGGUGAUCUCUCAUUCUCCGGUGGAUAUUUCCAGAAGAAAUUCUUGCUCGAACAAUUCAGUUUAUGGGAGCAAAAUAAAUUUUUGAAGAUUUUGAUUAAAACUAUCAAUUAAUGUACACACACACAGAUCUUCCUGCUGACUGUAUGUGUUCCAUAUUAGAUAUUUUGCCAGUUUCUGCAGACAAUGAAUCCAGAGACAUCAAUCUGUCCCUGACCUGGCUUGUCCUAUUCAGAUGCCAUUGGCUUGUCAUUUGUGUGUGUUAGUACAGUGGAGGAAACUCAUCUGGGGUGUCAGCUGAUCUACUGAGAACAAAUUAGAAGCAAUGUUAACAUGUAUUUAAUCCUUUGCUGUCCCUGUUCUCGGUGUGUUUGGUGUAGAGGAAGCUUCACCCUGUAUCUAACAUUAUGUUGUAUCUGACCUGGGAGUGUUUAAUGAGACAUACAUUUUAAUAAUGUGAUGUUCAUAUUGAAGGAAAAAUGAAUUGUUUGGUAAAAAUCUGACUGUUCAGCUGAUGGGGACAUCUUUGAAAUGAUAAAUAUUUUUGCAAACAAGAAAUCUUGUUUAAUGGGAGGGGAGUGACUAUAAAAGGGAUGAUCAUUUUAAUUUGUUGACUACUACAUAUAAUUUGAGGUUGAGAGUAAGUGUGACUUUUUUGUUUCUUUCCAUCCCUCGCCAGCAUAAAUCCAUGCAGAGGUUUGCCUCCUGGUUGAGUUCUUGAGAGAGAUUUUGCUUUGCUCUCUGACUGUACCCAGUGUAGAGUUGAAGGAGAUAAGGUGGUAUCAUUGAAUAGUUGUCUGCAACAGAAUCUCCAGUUCUCCAAUUUCUCAUCCCAGGGCAGUGAGGUGGUUUGCCAGCGGUGGCAAGAUUCCUCUAACGUAACUUCAAUGAAACAAUUGCCAAUGUUCUUCCGGUCCCUUUCAAUAAUGCUUGAUAUCCUUUCAGUAAAUAUUUAUUUAUUUCAAUAUGAUUGGAUGAUGCAGAAGUGUGGAACUUCACCUUGGACUGUGUGCCAUCGUCUGGCCUGGCUUGAAUCUAAUAGAGAGCUCUAUCUACUUUGCCAUUUAAUGACCCUUCAUACUAUUUUAAGAUUAUUGACACUUUCAAUUUCCCUUAGUAGUCAAUGUCAUCUUGCUGAGUGCACAAGCCCAAGGCAUUCCUUAACUUUGUCUGGUGCACUGGUAUUAACUCUUUUUUUCGGUCUGGUAUAGAACCAAAAAAAAAAUGCAGUUUGCAUGCUCAGCUCUUUAAUGUAGUUGAUUCCUGUGAAGUUAUAAAUUUGAGAUCUAAUGUUAUCUGUAUAAUGGUUGAGGGUGUCUGGGAUGGGUUACUGAUCAGGUGCAGUCCCUUUUUUAGUUAAAAAGGAAAAUCCCAAGGUGUUUUUUUUUUUUUUUUUUUGAAUGAGCUUUUAGUCAUCUUCUACAGUAUACCAUCUUUAUACUAAAGACUGUUUCUGUAUUAUGUCGGUAGUUUUCUGCUGUAAUGGGCAUGUGGUCAAAUUAAUUAGUUUGUCAAAAAGAUGUCAUCUUUUAAUCUCUCUCAUGCUCGUUGUCAUCACUUCCAUAGUUUUGUGCCAAUAACUGAUUUUGAAAUUACUGGAAAACAUUAAAGUGACUUGACUCUACCUUCAA